AAAAUUACAAAAAAACAGAAAGACAGAUUGACUCCCAUCUCCGCCCUCCUCUCGCGCUGCGGCCAUGGCGUCCGCCGCCGUCAAGCUCAUCGACAUCGCAGUCAACUUCACCGAUGGCAUGUUCAAGGGCAUCUAUCACGGCAAGCAGUGCCACGCCGCUGACAUACCGGCUGUACUCGCGCGCGCGUGGUCUACCGGCGUCGACCGCAUCAUUGUCACGGGAGGGUCACUGAAGGAGUCCAGGGAAGCACUGGAGAUCGCCGAGACCGACGGGAGGCUGUUCUGCACGGUCGGCGUGCACCCGACUAGAUGUGGGGAGUUUGAGGAGAGUGGAGACCCGGAGGGACAUUUUCAGGCACUACUGGCUCUAGCGAAGGAGGGGAUAGAGAAAGGCAAGGUGGUUGCUGUUGGUGAAUGUGGUUUGGAUUAUGAUAGGCUUCAUUUCUGUCCGGCAGAUGUACAAAAGAAGUACUUUGAGAAACAAUUUGAGUUGGCUGAAGCAGUAAAACUACCAAUGUUCCUUCACAUGCGGGCUGCUGGUGAAGACUUCUGUGAAAUCAUGUCAAGAAAUUUGUACAGAUUCCCUGGUGGGGUUACACACUCCUUUACUGACUCGGCAGCAGAUCGUGACAGACUCCUUUCUUUUGAGAAGAUGUUUAUAGGUGUUAAUGGCUGCUCUCUGAAAACUAAUGAAAAUCUUGAGGUUCUCCGAGGCAUUCCUGUUGAGAGGUUGAUGAUAGAGACAGACUCUCCAUAUUGUGAUAUAAGAAAUACCCAUGCUGGAAGCCAGUAUGUAAAAUCGGUCUGGCCAUCCAAGAAGAAAGAAAAGUAUGAGCCAGAUUCAAUGGUAAAAGGCCGCAAUGAGCCCUGUUUAGUCAGGCAAGUUCUUGAGGUAGUGGCUGGAUGCAAGGGAAUUGCUGACAUAGAGGGCUUAAGUAAAACUCUGUACCAAAACACAUGCAGACUUUUCUUUCCCCAAGACCUUGAUGCAUCUGCAGAUGCGCAGCUUGAGAGUGGUACUACUGUCCAGGAUAACUGAUCAGCAGAGCAAUUGCCUUUUGAAAGGUUUCCAUUUGUUUGUUGCUUAGCUAAAUGUUCCAACUUCUUUCCAACAUGGAUAUGAAAUGUUUUUUGUUUCUAUACUUGUCCUUCAAUUAUCGCCAAAUUUCUGUGUGCUAUAUGAGCCCCUGUAACUUUUGCGCGCAUUCUGACUGCGUACACCCCAACCUCAACUGGGGAUAUGACCUGAACUCAUGCAAAUAUGGUUUUAUUUUUCA